AUGGCGCUGAUCGAAAACCUCCUGUCGCCGUGGACUCUUGUAGCCCUCGGCGGACUGCUGGUCGCAUCAUAUCUAUACGACUUUCUCGUCACAUUUGCGCCACUUCGUCGCUUCCCAGCUCCCUUCCCGGCGCAAUUUUCAAACCUAUGGCUUUUGAGUGUCUGUCGCCGAGGUAAUCGCUAUGAGACCGUUGACAAGCUGCACAAGAAGAUGGGCAAGUUCGUGCGAAUCCAGCCCAACCAUGUCUCCAUUGCCGACGACGAGGCGAUCAAUGCCGUCUAUGGCCACGGUAACGGUUUUCUGAAAGCGGAGUUUUACGAUGCCUUCGUCUCCAUCCAGCGUGGCCUGUUCAACACGCGCGACCGCGUUCAGCACACCCGCAAGCGAAAGAUGGUUUCCCACACUUUCUCUGCCAAGUCCAUCGUUCAGUUCGAACCGUAUAUCCACCAAAACCUGGAGAACUUUGUCAAGCAGCUGGAUCGCCUGGUAGACACAAGCCAAUUCAAAGGCAAGGAUGGGAAGAAGGAGGCACGCUUCGAUUGCCUUCCAUGGUUCAACUUCAUUGCCUUUGAUGUCAUUGGCGAUCUUGCUUUCGGUGCUCCGUUCGGCAUGCUUGAGAAGGGCGUGGAUCUUGCCGAAGUCCGAUGCUCACCGGACAGUCCUCCUAUCUAUGCGCCUGCUAUUGAGAUCCUGAACCGUCGCGGUGAAGUGAGCGCGACUCUUGGCUGCUUCCCAGCGCUUAAGCCCUACGCCAAGUAUCUGCCCGAUCCUUUCUUUAGCCAAGGUCUCGCCGCAGUGGAGAACCUUGCCGGAAUUGCGGUUGCGUGCGUGAAGCGACGCCUUGACAACCCCCCUGAUGUUGAACGCAAGGAUCUUCUCGCUCGAUUGAUGGAGGGCCGCGACGACAAGGGCGAGCCGCUUGGAAGACAGGAAUUGACCGCUGAGGCCUUGACGCAACUCAUUGCGGGAAGCGACACAACCUCCAACUCGUCAUGCGCCUUGAUGGACUUUGUAGCUCGCAACCCGCGCGUCAUGGAGAAGCUGCAAGCCGAGCUGGAUGCUGCCAUUCCUCACGGCGUUGACGUCCCAACCUACGACAUGGUUCGCGACUUGCCCUAUCUCACCGCUGUCAUCAACGAAACUCUGCGCCACCACUCGCCUUCCGGUAUUGGUCUACCUCGUCAAAUCCCCGCGGACUCUCCCGGCAUUGCCAUCUGCGGCGAAUUCUUCACUGCCGGCACUGUCCUCAGCGUGCCAACCUACACAAUUCACCACUCCAAGGAGAUCUGGGGCCCCGAUGCCGACGACUACAAGCCAGAGCGAUGGGAGAACGCCACGCAGCGCCAGAAGGAUGCCUUUAUUCCAUUCAGCUACGGGCCCAGAGCUUGUGUCGGCCGAAACGUGGCCGAGAUGGAGAUGAAGCUGAUUGCAUCUACCUGGGCGAGAAGAUAUGGUGCCAAGAUUCUGCAGGGCCCCAUGGAGACAAAGGAGGGCUUUUUGAGAAAGCCAUUGGGAUUGGAUAUUGCGCUGUACAGGAGGUAA